GAAUUAGUAAACUUAUUUGAAGAUCAAUGCACACAGCUCCGAUGAUGGAGUGUUCUUAAGAUUACCUAAAUACGACACGAUCAAUGCGACAAUCCAGCGCAUCAGCAAAUCACGCGAAUGUCAGAGCCUCAGGAUAGUAUCCGCCCAACUCCGGGAGUAAAAUACCGAAUAUGGCAAAAGAACAACCAUCAGUACCUCAUUCCUGUCGAAAAGAUACAACGCCUGAGAUUAUUACUCCCCACUUCCGAUCCCAAACAAGACGCAUUUCUGAACCUCCACGCAAUCAAGAUCGAGCUGCUACCUUCAGAAAACCCAAGUGAUGAGCGCGGAGAAGACCGCGAGAACUCCACAGGAGCCGAAGCCGACCAAGGUAAUCGCGGGUUGCCAUCUCCCAUCCAAGGCAUACUCUAUCAAGCCGUCGAGCAUGGAGGCAGAUUAUUCUUCGCGCCGAUAGAAGAGGAACCUUCGACCGAUAUACGGACAAGGUUCAAAGGCGCGACUGAUGUGGUGACAGGGUUGGCGUCAUUGGCGGUUCUUGUUCUCGCAUUGACGGUAGGAACGGGGGAAUUCGGCUGCGUCACUACUUAUUUUGAGAACAAUAAAAAUGUAGAGGAGUGCAAGGGAGUAACGACAGUGAAACUUCCUAUGUGAUACAUUUAGUAUCGCCCACAGUUUAAAGGGAAAUUCAUAAUCGAGCGUAAGGUGAAGAGUGUUUCUUUCAUUAUAUAUAUGCAAGAAGAGGCUGUGCCA